AGGAAUGCUUGCAAGUAGAGAAAGGGAAAAACUUUUAUGGCUUUCAGUUCAACACAAGGCUUGUCAAGUCCACUAUUGCACAUUUUCAGCUCCUGUGUUUAUUAUUAAUCGAGUCAGCUACUGCUAUAUGAGAGAUUAGAGACUUCUUGUUCCAUGCUGCUUUCUUCAGUCUCACAAUUAUUUCACACCCAAGUGAUAGUAUGAAGAUGACAAUUCAAAACUUAUUUUGAAGAUGAAUAGCAUGUGUAUUUGUUGUCAGUGUUUAUUCUGUUGGUUAAUUGUGUUUGAUCUUAGAAUUUUCGACACCUCUUCCUCUUUUCUUAAUGUUCAUUGUUCCCACCCUCAGCUCUGCAGCUGGGGUGUUGUUGAUUCACACCAAGUCCUUUUCUUUUGCAGAUAAAUAUCUUCAAGGGUGCUUAAAUUUAAACCUGCUCGUUCCUAAUUACCUCUCGAAAUAUAAUAGUUUAGAUUCGAUAUUAACUCAGGUACAAUAAUAUUGUGUAAGGUUCUAUCUAACUUAUUCAAAAAAAGUGUCAUGAUAUGUGUCUAGGAUGGUCCAGGCAGAGUUGAUAAAUCUAACUCUAACUGUUCGAGGCAAUUUUUUAACAUUUUUCAUAGAGCUUCAUACGCCUAUAAAAUUAUAGUGACAGAGUGUAUUAAGAAUCCCUUGCACUAUAUGUUGCUCAAUGUCCAUUGUUAGACCAUCGGGAACUAUAUAGAAAGACUUGUCCCUAACUCUGCUGCAUUUGAGAAACAGUUACUACAUGCCUUAACCUUUCUUAAACAGGUUGGGAGAGCAGCUGGCGCCAUAAGGAAACCUUUGUUAAUAUGCUGAGGAACUUGGUAUGGGCAACAUCAAAGCACGAUGUGUUUUUCAUGAAUAACUACUCUCUCAUGCAUUGGUCGUCUUUGCUGCAAAGGGGCAAAGAAGUACUUAAUGUGGCCAAGCCCAUUGUUCCUGCAACGAAUCAGACUGGAUCGUUGUCGCAGUCUGUAUCAAGAGUCCAGAUAAGUACCAUGUCUGUUAAAGACGAUUUGAUAGUUGCUGGAGGGUUUCAAGGGGAGCUUAUCUGUAAGAGAGUCAACGAACCUGAGGUUGCGUUCUGCACAAAAUUAGCAUCAGCUGAAAACGACAUCACCAAUUCCGUUGACAUAUACUACACUCCCAAUGGCUCGUUAAGGGUUAUGGCUGCGAACAAUGACUGUACCAUCCGGCAGUUUGAUGCCACAAGCUUCACCUUCCUCAACAGUUUCACUUUUGAUUGGUCUGUAAAUAACAUCUCCACCAGUCCGGACGGCAAGCUAGUAGCUGUUCUAGGGGACAGUCCAGAGUGUUUACUAGCCGAUGCCGGAUCUGGAAAAGUGAUUCACGGACUGGAAGGCCAUCUGGACUACUCGUUUUCGUCAGCAUGGCACCCAAACGGUCAGAUCCUAGCCACUGGUAACCAAGACACAACCUGUAGGCUAUGGGACGUAAGGAACCUGUCUCAAUCACUCAAAGUGCUGAAAGGAAACAUGGGAGCAAUCAGAGCCGUGAGGUUCACGUCUGAUGGACGGUUCUUAGCCAUGGUUGAGCCAGCAGACUUUGUACACUUGUUUGACACGGAAGCUGGUUAUAGUCAUUGUCAAGAGAUUGAUCUGUUUGGAGAAAUCGCGGGAAUCUCGUUUAGUCCAGACACGGAAGCGUUGUUCGUGGGGGUGGCUGAUCGUACGUACGGCAGCUUGUUGGAGUUCAACAGAAAGCGAAACCACUCGUAUGUUGAUUCCAUAUUUUGAUCGGACGCCCAUCGUUAGAUGCAAAAUAUGUAUUGUACAUAUACGAGUGUCAGUGAGACUAUUAUGGUUUUUAAUUAUCUAGUAGUUGGUCUUUGGGAGGGGUUUAAGUCUUUGUUUUUGUCUGACUUCCCCUUUGUCAUGUUAAUGUGGUUUUUGGAAUUUUUCAUCAUACGUAUAUAUUUGGUCUAUGUUAAAGUCAUAAUUUUUUUACUA